UUUUGAGCACUCAUUUGAUUAUAACGUCUAACAACACAUUCAUCUCAUUAUUAUUAAUAAAUAUUGCAUUUAUUUCAUCCAUAUAUUCAUCUUUUUUUUAUUAAUUAUUAUUAUUAUCACUCAUUUAUAGUCACAUAACUCAUUAAACAAUUAAUUUAAAGAUAACAGCGAUUAAAACAAUGAAAUAUUUUGCAAAUAAACCCAAAUUUAGCGGUCAUACCAUUUGCGUGAAUCAAAUGAUUAAGUGAUGCCUUAUUUGGCUAUUGAUGUCAAUUGAAUACAAACGACUGUUUUAAAGACAAACUUUUCAUUUAAUUAUCAUAUUUGUCAUCAUUUGGUUGUGAAGUGAUUUGAGACUAUAAACUAAAUAAUUACAAUGACUUCCAGUGAUACCAUCAUUGAUAAAGAGUUGGAUGAUUUUAUAUAUGUGACUAAUGAAGAUCACGAUUACUUGGAUUCCGAUGAUAAUUGGCUGACCAAUGAUGUCGAGCUGAAGACAUCGCGAGCCAAUUGUCAAAACAUUAUCAAUUGGAUCCAAAGUGCAUUUAAUUGUCAAAAAACUAGUGGUGUUAAUAUGUCUUUAGUGAACCAAUUGAAUAACUUGAAGUUGACGAGUGGUCACUCGGUCUCAGUUGACACCCGAACAUUUACCCGACAAAAACAACGAAACAAACGCCAGAGUCUGUUUAAUGGCACAACUUUGACAACUUUAUGCUCACCCGUUAAUGAAGACGAGUAUUCAAGUCCUGAGGCCAACGAUCGGACAUUUGAAGUGCAGACAAACGCUAAUCAAUUAUUGAACGGAACGUUUAACAAGAAUUUAGGUAACAAUACAUUUACGAUGGCAUCAGAUGCUCAUCAGCUCAAUGAUAUGGAAGACGUUGAAAAAAUAGCCAAACUUCAAGAGGACAGUCUUCGACAAAGUUGUUCUACAAAUGGGUGGUCAGUCGUAAAUCAAUCACCAAACAGAACUCAAUUGUAUACCAGAAAUAUUAAUACCAAUACCUUAACAAAAGGUCGUUUACCGACCAGUCAUUCACGAGUUACCGAUGCAAUGGUUGAUGACUUAAGUCACUUCCACUUAGAAUAUGACGAUUUAGAAGAUGAUAAUCAGUAUUACGAUGAGACUAUGCUAUCGCCAGAGGAUUCAUUCAGAAAACAAACGUCUUAUACGAGCACUCCAUUAGUCAACAACAGAAACUUAAAUUAUAAUUCUUCAGUCAAUAGACAACCAAUGGUUUCAAAGAUAAUGCCAGAUAUUAGUAAUCUUAAAGCUCAUAGUGGUUAUGGUGUGUCUAAAGUGGGCAGAAGUGAACCUAAUUUAACCCGACGUUUGCAACCAUUGGGUCGAGGAAUGGCAUAUAAUUCAACGAAUAAUAGGUAUGCGUCCAACAGGACUACCGAAAACAACACUUCCAAUCGUCCAUUAUUUUUGGAGUCAAAAACUCCGAGUGAUUCUCGUCUUAUUGUUCGACCCAAUGGAUUAAGACCUCCUAAUCACAACUUAAUGACCACAAAUAUGAGACGUGAUUUGUCGCCGCCGUCCAUACAAUGUCAACAAUUAUUGAAUAGAAAGGUUGCGGUUGAGGGAGAGCUUAACAGAGUGGGCACAACCACUACAAACACUAGCAAUACUACUACUAAUCUGAGUAGAAAAUCCACUUUUCGGGUCCGAGACUUUCAUACUAUCAAUAAUGAAGACAACAAUACUGAUCUGUGCUUAACUAAUAAUACAAUUGCAUCAACAAAUGGGUUCACAACUAACAAAACAAUCAAUCACAACAAUAAUGUAAAUAAUAAUAAUACAAAUCAAACUGUCCAAAGAAAUGUGUCAAAAAUUCCCGGACCGAAGACUCUUAGAUCGGGAAUUCCGGCGCCUUGUGGUCCGCGCCCAGCAAUGCAAUGUCCAACAAACUCAAGACCUCACGUCAAUCAUACCGAUAACUCGUGGAAAAACGGGUGCUUUUAGUUGAUGUUAUUUUAAAUUACAAUUAUUUGUCAAAUUAAAAAAAUAGUUUUAUAAUGUUUUACAGUUUUGCAUUUAAUUAUGUUUAGCUUUUUUUGUUGUUGAAUAUUUAUGAUCAUUAUAUAGUCAAAAAUUGUUUCAUUUUGUGUUAUUUUUACUUUUCUUUUUUUAUUAUAUGUAAAGACAAAUGUUUUUAUUGUCAUGAUUUUGAAGCUGUGAUAAUAGCUAUGAUAAUAUG